AUGCUCAAUCAUCUUAGCCAAGAUUCGGAUGAUGUUCAGGACGAGAAGCAAGCCGACUCGCCCGUCGUCGAAGAGGAGAAGAUCCACGCUGUCACAUUGAAGGACUCCUACGUUAGUGACGAUGCUGCUAACUCUACCGAAAGGUACAAUUUGUCUCCUUCCCCGGAGGACGAAGACUUCGAAGCUCCCACGGAAGAGGAAAUGCAGACCCUGAGACACGUUGGUGGUAGAAUCCCCAUGAGAUGUUGGUUGAUCGCCAUUGUGGAGCUUUCCGAGAGAUUUUCCUACUACGGUCUUUCCGCGCCAUUCCAAAACUACAUGGAGUAUGGGCCCAACGACUCCCCCAAGGGUGUUCUAAGCUUAAACAGUCAAGGUGCUACUGGGUUGUCGUAUUUCUUCCAGUUUUGGUGCUACGUUACACCCGUUUUCGGCGGGUACGUCGCAGAUACGUUUUGGGGUAAGUAUAACACGAUUUGUUGCGGUACGGCUAUCUAUAUUACGGGUAUUUUCAUUCUACUAAUCACCUCGAUUCCCUCCGUCGGCAACAGAGACAGCGCGAUCGGCGGGUUCAUCGCCGCCAUUAUUCUGAUUGGUAUCGCGACCGGUAUGAUCAAGGCUAACCUUUCCGUGUUGAUCGCUGAUCAACUGCCCAAAAGAAAACCCUCCAUCAAAGUCUUGAAAUCCGGAGAAAGGGUCGUUCUUGACCCUAAUAUCACCUUGCAGAACGUGUUCAUGUUCUUCUAUUUCAUGAUCAAUGUCGGGUCUCUAUCUCUGAUGGCCACCACCGAGUUGGAGUACCACAAGGGCUUCUGGGCUGCCUACCUGUUGCCCUUCUGUUUCUUCUGGAUCGCUGUGGUCACUUUGAUCCUCGGUAAAAAGCAGUACAUCCAAAGGCCCAUUGGUGACAAAGUCAUCGCCAAAAGUUUCAGGGUCUGUUGGAUUCUGGCCAAGAAUAAAUUCGAUUUUAACGCUGCUAAACCUUCUAUUCAUCCAGAAAGGGACUACCCAUGGAAUGACAAAUUCGUCGAUGAAAUUAAGAGAGCUUUGGCGGCUUGUAAAGUCUUCAUUUUCUACCCAAUCUAUUGGACUCAAUACGGCACCAUGAUUUCUAGUUUCAUCACACAGGCCAGUAUGAUGGAGUUGCACGGCAUCCCAAACGAUUUCCUGCAGGCUUUUGAUUCUAUCGCAUUGAUCAUUUUCAUCCCAAUCUUUGAAAAAUUCAUAUACCCUUUCAUCAGAAGAUACACCCCAUUCAAACCGAUCACCAAGAUCUUCUUUGGCUUCAUGUUCGGGUCUUUUGCCAUGACAUGGGCUGCCGUUUUACAAAGUUUCAUUUACAAGGCCGGUCCGUGGUACGAUGAACCUUUGGGUCACAACACUCCAAACCGCGUGCACGUCUGCUGGCAAAUUCCAGCAUACGUCUUGAUUUCCUUUUCAGAGAUCUUCGCCUCCAUCACCGGUUUGGAAUAUGCUUAUUCCAAAGCCCCAGCGUCCAUGAAAUCAUUCAUCAUGUCCAUCUUCUUAUUGACCACCGCUUUCGGUUCCGCCAUUGGUUGUGCCUUGUCUCCGGUGACCGUAGAUCCUAAAUUUACAUGGCUAUUCACCGGGCUGGCCGUAGCUUGUUUCAUCUCCGGUUGUUUGUUCUGGUUCUGUUUCAGAAAGUAUAACGACACAGAAGAAGAGAUGAACGCUAUGGACUACGAAGAGGAAGACGAAUUUGACUUGAAUCCAAUUUCCGCACCUAAAGCUAAUGACAUCGAAAUCCUAGAGCCAAUGGAAAGUUUAAGAUCCACUGCCAAAUAUUAA